AUGGGUUUACUGCUGUCAAAGAUCUGGAGCUUGUUCGGUAAUGAGGAACACAAACUACUCCUAGUGGGUUUGGAUAACGCCGGCAAAACGACAAUCCUAUACCAAUUGUUAUUAGGAGAGACUGUACAUACCAGACCAACCAUAGGCUCGAAUGUAGAAGAGUUUGUGUGGAAGAAUCUGCGAUUUGUCAUGUGGGACCUGGGUGGUCAACAAAGUCUGAGAUCAGCGUGGAACACUUAUUUUACGAACAGCGAGUUCGUAAUAAUGGUUGUGGACUCGACAGAUCGGCAGCGGUUGAGUUUGUGUCGUGAUGAGCUCCAUCAGAUGCUGAAACACGAGGAGCUUACUAAGGCUUGUCUACUAGUGUAUGCGAAUAAACAGGACGUGAAGGGAUCAAUGACCGCAGCAGAGAUAUCUGAGCAAUUGGAAUUGACUUCGAUUAAACAACACCCUUGGCAUAUACAGGCGUGCUGUGGACUUACUGGAGAAGGGCUACAUUUAGGUUUAGAAUGGAUUGCUAGUAGAAUUAAGAAAAAAUGA